AUGGACUUCCCUCAAGACACACAGCUGCAACUCACGCAAGCUGAUUUAAUGCUACCCUCCUCCCUCCAGGGGGUGGAGGACGAGCCAAACUCGCUCCUUCAGAACGAAGAGCGAGAAGAAGAACCGUACAAUAACUCCUUAUCUCUACUACCCCGACAACCUGCCCCAGGGCAGCUCCCCUCUAGUGAAUACAUCUUGCAUCCCGUGGGUCCCCGAUCUCGCCCAAUCUCCUGGCUCAUGUACUGCAACCUGCCUCAUCUCGAUAUCAAGAUCAUUCCCCCCGGCUGUCCCGAGGAAGAUACAUGGAUCGCUUGCCUAGAACGCGUCCCUCCAGCAGUCGCAGGCAGCCCCAUUCGAGCUACUUGCAUCCUUACUCCACUCCUGUUCUACCCUGGGCCCUCCUCAAGUGACUUGUGGGGAGGUUUAGUUUGCCUCCCCUCACCGCCUCCUCCCCCCCAGUGGGAAGUGCUAGAAGGACAGCAGGUCGUAGCCGUGACGGGUGAUUCUUAUUGUAUGAGGAUAUCCCCUCUGCCCUCCCUCGAGAAAGAGCCUUUCCUACCACAUGAUGAAGAACACCCUCCCCCUCCAGAAGUUAGCACCCCAACACGCGUGGAGCAGGUUGUCCUCAGUCCUCUAGUCAGUGUAGAGGCAAAUAUAUCUCCCAUGCUUCCGAAGAGGCCUACCAAGUCUGCUGCGGCAGAGGUGGAUCCAGAGCUGUUGACACCUUACACCCAAUCUGCUGUGACACCAGUCCUCGCACCAGCAAUAGUAGUCUCUUCAAGCUCAGAGGUCCCCGCUAAGCAGCUGGACAAACCCCUGGAAUCGAGUCCAAGCUUUCCACUACCCUCGCUUAUUUCCUCAGGGAAAGGACCUGCAGACAAACGUCGUCCAACUCUUGCGACAAGCCGUAUCUCUCUUCCCAUGCCUUCAUUACCAGCAGCCUCCUCCAGAGAGUCAACUGAUGUCUCCGCCGCUCUUCCUUCGGCACCCCAGCUCACCAGAGUGUUGCCAGCCUUCCCAGAUGGUUGCAACUGGGACUGGAGAAAUCAUCUAAGCGCCAUAGUGGUGGCCCCUACUCCCUUGAGCCCACAAAUGACCGAGGAACGGAGGGCUUAG